GCCACGUGCGGCGCUGCCACGGCCAUGGGCUCGGCCGCGGGCGGGCGGGCGCGCUACCUCGUGUACUUCCAGUACGUGGGCACCCACUUCAACGGGGUUGCAGCUGUGAGGGGCACCCAGCGUGCUGUCGGAGUACAAAACUACCUGGAGGAGGCCGCAGGGCGGCUGAAUUGCCUGGCACCUGUCAGGUUCACCAUUUCCAGCCGCACCGAUGCUGGGGUCCACGCCCUCAGCAACGCGGCGCACGUGGACCUCGAGCGUGGCCCGGACCAGCCGGCCUUCUCCCCGGAAGUCCUGGUCCAGGCCCUCAACACCCACCUGAGGCACCCGGCCAUCAGGGUCCUGCAGGCCUUUCGAGUGUCCAGUGACUUCCACGCCCGCCAUCAUGCCACAGCCAGGACCUACGUGUACCGGCUGGCCACUGGUUGCUCCCAGGCAGAGGAGCUCAGCGUGUUUGAACGACACCUGUGUUGGCCUCUUCGGGCACACAGCCUGGACCUGCCGGCCAUGCAGGAGGCAGCUCGGCACCUGCUUGGGACUCAUGACUUCAGUGCCUUCCAGUCGGCGGGCAGCCCAUCCAGCAGCCCUGUGCGCACAAUGAGACGUGUGGCUGUGGCCCCCAGUCCCAGCGGCCCCCUACUGCUCCCCAUGGAAAGCAGGAAGCUGCAGUUCUGGAGCCUGGAGUUUGAGAGCCAGUCCUUCCUGUACCGGCAGGUACGGAGGAUGACGGCUGUGCUGGUAGCUGUGGGACUGGGCACCCUGACGCCUGCCCAAGUAAAGGAAAUUCUGGACAGCCGGGACCCACGGGGCAAAUACCAGGCCCGUGUGGUCCCCGCCCACGGCUUGUUUCUGAAAUCGGUGCACUAUGGAGGCCUUGAAGACCCAGGAGCUGCAGGUGACCCUGGACACGCUCAAGACCUGGCCGCUGCUCCUGGAAGUACGUGAGGUGUGCCCACCACUCUGGACGCCCGGCGC